GGACCAGACCGGGCUUAACGGCCCUGUUCGGGGCCGCCCUUGUCUUCCGCCCUCUCGCUUCGGCUCCCUGUGCCGUCCUUGGCGUGCCUGGGAAAGCCGGCGUGAGGGGCCGCGGCGGCCGGGGCCCUGCGUGCGGCGGCGUGCCCGACACCGGGGCUCAUCUGCCGCCUCUUUCCACGUGAAACCCGGAGCUGGCCUCCGGAUCGCCAGUUUACUCUUAGCCGUCUGCGGUGACCUUGAGUCUCCUUCAGGGCACUUGGCGGAAAGCUCGAAAGCUGAGGAGAACCUGGAGCCACAGGGAUUUAAAAUCCAAAACUAAACAACCAAGAAAUCCUGUUUGUCUGAUGACCACGGGUCAUCCUUUUACUUGGGCUUUCUGCUGAGUCAGGGUAGCCCAGACCUGCUGUUCACAUGAAAACAACAACAACAAACUAAAUAAAAAGUAGCAUUUAGGUCCAGCGGCCUUACAGAAAUGGCAGAGUUUGGGAUCUCCCCUGGCCAGUUUGUGGCAGUGUUCUGGGACAAGUCAUCUCCUGAGGAGGCCCUGAAAAAACUGGUGGAUAGACUUCAAGGGUUAACUGGCAGCGAGGGCCAAGUAUUCAUGGGAGACAUCAACCAGCUGCUGCAGUCUGCCCAUAAGGAAUCAAGCUUCGAUGUCAUUCUGUCGGGUGUAGUCCCAGGGAGCACCUCUCUGCACAGUGCUGAGGUUCUGGCGGAGAUGGCCCGCAUACUUCGGCCAGGCGGUUGUCUUUUUCUGAAAGAACCAGUGGAGACAGCUGUAGUUAACAAUGACAAAUUGAAGACGGCCUCUAAGCUGUGUUCAGCCCUGACUCUUUCUGGCCUUGUGGAAAUAAAAGAGUUGCAGCGGGAAUCCUUAAGCCCCGAGGAGGUACAGUCUGUCCAGGAGCACCUGGGCUACCACAGUGACAGCCUGCUCUCCUUGCAUGUCACUGGCAAGAAGCCAAACUUUGAAGUGGGCUCUUCUAGCCAGCUAACGCUUCUCACCAACAAGAAGUCAUCUUCAGUGAAGCCUGUUGUGGAUCCUGAUGCUGCCAAGCUCUGGACCCUCUCAGCCAAUGACAUGGAGGAUGACAGCGUGGAUCUCAUUGACUCAGAUGAACUGCUAGAUCCAGAAGAUUUGAAGAAGCCAGAUCCAGCCUCCCUGAAGGCUCCUUCAUGUGGGGAAGGGAAAAAGAGGAAGGCCUGUAAGAACUGCACCUGCGGGCUUGCAGAAGAACUGGAAAAAGAGAAGUCAAAGGAACAGAGUGCUCAGCCCAAGUCAGCCUGUGGAAAUUGCUACCUGGGUGAUGCCUUCCGCUGCGCCAACUGCCCCUACCUUGGGAUGCCAGCCUUCAAACCUGGAGAACAGGUGCUCCUGAGCACUAGCAAUCUCCAGGAUGCCUAGGAGGAAGCCCAAGCAUGCACACCUCCUUCUCCAGCCAACUCCUGCCCCUCAGCUCCCGCCACUGCCUCCUCCCACCUCUGGGUUCAAUCACUCUGAAAACAUUCGCAGGAAGAGGCUUGUAGCAGAGUGAAGCUGCUGUUGUGCAGUGGGGUGUGGUGCUGCUAUGAAGACCAAGGUAUGAGGGGAUCUGCCUCUUAACAGUGUUAGGAGAAGAGGGUAUACCCUAAGGAACUCUGCUCCUGGUGUUACAGUGCUGAUCUUCUCUACCUUGGGUCUAGACAUCCUUGAAUACUCAUGCUGUAUAAGCUCCAGGCUCCACUCAGUGAUGGUAAACUGAUUCUCCUCAGUUUACAAUUCUUGGAGCCAUGGGUCAGCUGUCAAAGGGCCUCAGGGUCACCAAAGAAGUCACUCCCCCAGUUGCUGUGAUCCAUCUCUGCCUUUCUCACCUUGCUCCAUUGUGCUGUAGUGUGUAUCUGUGUCCUGUUGUCAUUUCUGUUAAAUAGGUAUUAAACUUUCAUGUUUCUAUGUU